AUGGCUCCCUCCAUCGCCGAGCUGCCUGAGCCGGCACCGACGGUGAAGCAGUCCAAAUCCACGGCGGGCAAGUCGUUCGAUCUGUUCCCUCAAAGCCGCACCGCCUUCUCAGACACUCUGUUUGCAAACCCCUCCUCCGAGUAUCGCGGAACACCGCUAUGGAGUUGGAACACCAAGCUCGAUCACGACCAGCUCAUGCGGCAAAUCGACCAGCUGCAAGAGAUGGGCCUGGGAGGGUUCCAUAUGCACUCGCGGGUUGGCCUGGACACUCCGUAUCUGGGCGAUGAGUACAUGAAACUGGUCAGAGCCUGCGUCGACCGGGCCAAGGAGAAGAAGAUGCUCGCCUGGCUGUACGAUGAAGACCGCUGGCCCUCCGGAGCGGCUGGAGGAUUGGUCACCAAAGAUGACGAUAGAUUUCGCUCCCGACACAUGCUGAUUACCCCCUGGAAGUACGGCGAUCCGAACCGGCCCUAUCAGGCAGAGGAAAACCAUUCGUGCUCGGCCGUGGCCUCUCGCAGCGAACUCGGCUUCCUCGCUGCCCGGUACGCCAUCAAGCUGGACGAAGACGGCUUUCUCGUCGAGAGCCGGCGGCUGGCAGAUGACGAGGCCGACUGCGAGGACGUCUGGUACGCCUACGUGGAAACAAACCCUCCGUCCGAAUGGUUCAACGGGUCGUACUAUGUCGACACGUUGAACGCCGAAGCCAUGCAGAAGUUUGUCGACAUCACGUACGAACCCUACAAGAAGGUAGUGGGCGAUGAAUUCGGCAAGACGGUCCCGGCCAUCUUCACCGACGAGCCUCAAUUUGCGCUGAAGAACCAACUCAAGCUCGCCCACGGCAAACGAGACAUCUUCCUCCCAUGGACGCUGGAUCUGACCGAUUCGUACAAGAGUGCCUACGGCUCUGACCUGCUGGACUCGCUCCCCGAGGUGGUCUGGGACAUCAGAGGCCCAUCCACGACAAGAUACAAUUAUCACGACCAUGUGUGCACCCGUUUCGUCGGCGCCUUUAUCGACCUGCUGGGCGACUGGUGCAACAACAACGGCAUCGCACUCACUGGCCACAUGAUGAAAGAGCCGACCUUGCGAUCUCAAACGAGCUCGCUCGGCGAGGCCAUGCGCUGUUACAAAAACAUGCACCUGCCAGGGAUCGACUUGCUCUGUGACCGGCGGGAAUUCACCACCGCGAAGCAGGCGCAGUCGGUGUCCAGGCAAUACGGACGCUGCGGCGUGCUGUCGGAAAUCUACGGCGUGACCAACUGGACCUUCACGUUCGAAGGCCACAAGGGAGCCGGGGACUGGCAGGCGGCUUUGGGCAUCAACGUCCGCUGCCAUCAUCUGUCGUGGGUCACCAUGGCCGGCGAGGCCAAACGAGACUACCCUGCUGCCAUCGGCUAUCAAAGUCCUUGGUACAAGGAGUAUCCUCUCAUCGAAAACCAUUUCGCCAGAGUCCACACGGCUCUGACCCGGGGCAAGGCUGUGGUCAGAGUUGCCGUCAUACACCCCAUCGAGAGUUUCUGGUUGUCCUUCGGGCCGAAUGAGACCUCGAUUGACCAGGACGAGCUGGACCGCCAAUUCCUCGAUCUGACUGACUGGCUUUGUUAUGGCUUGAUCGACUUUGAUUUCAUCUCCGAGUCCCUGCUGCCGGAGCAAAACCCCCAAACCCACGGCGGCAAGCUCAAGGUUGGCGUCCAGGAGUAUGACGCCGUCAUCGUACCGAACUUGCGCACCAUCCGCAAGACGACCCUCGACGUUCUCGAGAGGUUUGCCGCCGACAACGGCAAGAUCAUCGUCGCAGGCGAGGAUGCCACGCUGGUCCAGGUGGAACCAUCCACUCGCCCCAAGAGCCUCCGUGCCACCCGCGUCCCAUUCACCAAGCUCAGCAUCCUCCAGGAGCUGGCCAACGUCCGAGACGUGAGGAUCACUCUAGAUUCGGGCUUGCCGGGCGACCUGCUUUUGUACCAAAUGCGCGCCGACGGCGACGAGCGCUACCUCUUCCUGUGCAACACCGACCGCUUCCUUCCCCGGCAAAGCCAGGUUGACAUCCGCGGCCGAUGGUCCGCCACCGUGCUCGACACAUUCUCGGGCCGAUCGUACUCCUUGGACACGACCCAGUAUGGCGAGUGGACGCGGUUCGACUACAAGUUCAGCGGCGCCGGAUCUCUGCUGCUGAGAUUGUACCCCUCCCCGACCGCCGCCAUUGGCGCCUUGCCGCCGCUCACGGAGCCCGAGUGGCACGUGUCUCACGAGCUGGUCGAUACCAGCGUGUCGCUGUCGGAGCCGAACGUACUCCUCCUCGAUAUUGCCUCGCACCGGAUCAACGACGCGCAAGAGUGGGAAGAGCCGGAAGAAAUCCUGCGCAUCGACAAUAUUGCCCGGCAAAAGCUGGGCUUGAGACUCAAGAAGGACGCCUUUGCCCAGCCAUGGACGACCAGCAAGGCAACGCCGACGAACAAGAUCUCCCUGCAAUUCAAGUUCCAGACCACGGUUGACCUUCCUGCCUCGAAACUGGCGCUGGAAGACCGGGCCACCACGCAGAUCUAUCUGGACGGCCAGCUGGUCCCGGCGGACGCCGAUGGAUGGUGGGUGGACGAGGCCAUCAAAACCGUUCCUCUGCCCGCCAUCCCCGCCGGCUCUCACGAGAUUGUCCUGACCCUACCAUUUGGGCCCAUGACGAACCUGGAGCGCAUCUACCUCCUCGGCGACUUCGCGGUCGACCUGCGCGGCCGCAAAGCAACAGUGGUGCCUCUGGACCUGGCCAAACUGGCUGUGGGCGACUACACGCGACAGGGGCUUCCCUUCUACGCUGGGAACGUGCACUACGAGUUCCGGCUGCAGAUCGACGCCGAGACACAGCGCACGGCGAUCCAGGUCCCGCGCUUCGCCGCGCCUCUGUUGGCCGUCGAGCUGGACGGCAAGCCCGUGGGCAAGAUCGCCUUCCAGCCACACACUCUGGACCUCGGCGACCUGGCCCGCGGUGAGCACUCGUUGAGGAUCACCGCCUUCGGAAACCGAGACCACGCCUUUGGAGCCGUCCACUUGCCCGACGGCCUCACCAAGUGGUACGGCCCGGAUGCGUUCAGGACCUCGGCCAGCUGGUGGAGUUAUGAAUAUACCAUUCGCGACAUGGGCCUGUUGACCGCCGUGAGGGUCUUGACUACGAAUGCUGAUGGGCCGCGAGAACUGAAGUGGGACAAUGGUAGUAUUAAGGGAUACCUGUGA